CUUGUGUGACCAAAGGAUAUGAGAUGCGUGCCCAUAUGGACCAGGACCCAAAUAUUGAAGCUUUCACAUCAGAUGGUUGGCUGCGAACUGGAGACAAAGGCUACAUUGAUGAUCACAACUACCUUUGCCUGUCGGGCCGCUACAAAGAGAUCAUAAAUCGCGGAGGCGAAAAAAUUUCGCCUUUUGAGGUCGAGAACGUGUGCCGUCAGUGGCCGCCCAUCUUCGAUUGCAUCGCCUUCAGCUGUCCUCACGCACAACUGGGAGAAACAGUGGGCUUAGCAGCAGUGCUUCGGGAUGGCGAGAAGAUGGACAGCAAGAAAUUGGAAGAACUACGCCAAUUCUCCGCUGCCAAGAUGAGCGAGAAGUGGCUUCCACAAUGUAUUUUGUUCAUGAAGGAUAUCCCCAAAGGGUCCACUGGCAAACCUGCGCGCAUCGGACUCGCCAAGAGAAUGAAGCUGGAAGCUUUGGACGUCAACAAGUCGCAGGUGACCAGCUGGGAUGCCACCUCCGGCCUUGCGCUGCCCAUCGAGGCUUCUUCGCAAAAACCCAUCAAAACAGCUGUGGAUUCGUUGGGAAAGGCCAGGGAUGCGAACGACGCCAAGAUGCAGGAGCUUGCUCUUUUGGAGACUAUGUACGGCUUUGCUAUAAUCUUUGUCACGUUUGUCCAUGCGUUCUCCGAGACAUAUGAAUACUCGGGAGGGGAGCUUUCAGAUUACACAGCGCCAUUCCGUCCAGAGCAAGAUACGUGGCAAUUGGGCCACUUGAUGGCUGUCAACAUGAAACCCGUGGCACUCUUCCUGCUUUGCUACGGCUACCUGGAAUCGCAGCACCGAAACUUUGUUUUUGGAGGCUUCGAGCGUGAAAUGUUCCUCUUGUUCAUCCUCGUUUUCCAGGAACUGUUCUUCUCUUUGUUCAUCAUAUUUUGGGAAGUGCUUACGGCCCGAACCGCUCCUUCCGGCUAUUCUGGACUGGCAAAGCUUGAUCUUUCAGCAGCACUGAGCUAUGACGCUAUCGUUUUGCACAAUCCGGAGCACCAAAAUCUAAGUUGGUUCAUCCUAUUCAUUUUCAUUGGCCGAAUUUUGCUUGUUCUAAGUCAUAAGAUUGGAGUGCCUGGAUGGAUGCAGAUAUUAGUCUUCACCGCUGCUUCCGCACUGCUUCCACUUACCGGACAGCUAGAACCUCGGCUCAGCCCCGGUGCGAUGUCCACAGAAUACACACUCAUGCUCAUUGGCGCCUACGUAGCCCCUGCUCUUGUGAAGGCAUUCACUGCACACUGGAACUCUACAUCUGCAUUUGGGCACAUUAUUUGGCGAUGUCUAUCAUUGGCGUACAUGAUCGCAAGUGUCAGGCCACCAAUCGCAUGCAGAUUUAGCGACGCAUCCCGGAGCCCUUGCUACGAGACACAACUGGGGAUGGCACUUUGCAUGCCACUAGCCGUGGUGCAGCAAUCUCUAUGGGUCGGAGCUGUGGCCAUCCUCCUGGCGCCUAAGGUGGCUUUCUUGGAGCCUUUGGGGCGAUGUAGCUUGGGUGCCUACCUCUUCAAUCGUGCCACAUUCGUUUUUCUACGAGACUAUGGACUGCGCAAGAAGUCGGACGUCGACGACAGCGUUUUCUAAUGCGUUGGCACAUCAGCACAUUAGAUUGGCCAUCCAUUUUACAAAGCACAAGUGAGGAAAUACUGCAGGAACAGCAACUGACCUGUGCUGGGAGGCAAGAUCUUCCUUUGGUUGAAAAUGCCCUAGUCACAAUGAUGUUCACAGCAUGGCGGUGUCUCAAAUCCAGAAGUUUUGUUUGCGAAUCCUGCGUGCUCCUGCCUAUGGCGAGAGGAGUUGUGAUCGGAGGCAUGACCUUUCUGCCGAGCUUAACAACUUUCGCGAAGGCCUUCACUGGCAAGUCAGGAGCAAUGGGGCUGACCGUGGGCUAUUUGAUGUUUCUUUUGUGUGCCUGUUACGCCACCAACUUGAUCACAGGCAUCCUGUGCAACAGUUUUGCGAGUGGAGCCUGGCGGAAUGCAUGGGCAGUUGCCAGGUUUGUCGCAAAGGUUGCCCCUAUUUCGCGGCGAAAGGUUUGAUGCGAAAAGAGAUGCAUGCGCGCAAGGAGACAAAA